CAAUACAAAACAAAAAAAGAGCUCUUGAAAUUGAAGAUAAUAAAGAGAAAAAAGUAUUUAAAGUCAAAGAUAAUAAAGAGAAUCAUGAUGAUGUAGACUCUUUGAAUAUACUUAAACAGACUAACUUAUCUGAUUAUAUAACAUAUAUUUUAGAUUUUUAUUCAAUGCAAUCUGAAAAAAAUAAAGAAAAUUUAUCAAAAUUUUAUUUUAAAUGUGCAGUAAAUGUAUCAAUACUCGAUAGUAUAAUAAAAAAAAUAGCUGAUGAUUUAGCUGAAUCUGUUAAAGAUAUAGAUAGUUUUAUAUAG